AUAAAAAAUUGUAUGAAAAAUUAAACCGAAAUACUUGGCAUAUUGUUUAUUUAUUUCUAGGUAAUGUAAUUGUUAUGCUUUCUCCAUGAUCUGAUGGUAUGGUAUUGAAAAAUUUGAUCCCUUAUUACAUGAUCUCAUCAAUCACGACAAAAUUUGACCAUGCCCUGCAAACAAUACGCGGGAACCAUAAUCUGAGACAGUUACAUGACUGCAGUUUUCAAGUUCAACAUGCAAGCCCGACACCACACAAACCUCAAAUCAUCAUAGACAGAGACCCACACAUUGUGCAAUACACCAAAUCUAUUUCUACUCACAUGCGCAAUGGCCACUGUCACUUGGCUCUCCGUCUCUUCAACGACAUGCCUUACAGGAACUUGUUUUCUUGGAACUUAAUGCUCGCCGGGUAUGUCAAGAACCGCAGACUCGCUGAUGCCCGCAACUUGUUUGAUUUAAUGCCUCAAAGGGAUGUUGUUUCAUGGAAUACAAUGUUAUCCGGUUAUGUCCGGAGUGGGUGUGUUGAUGAGGCUAAACUAGUUUUUUAUAACAUGCCUCAUAAGGAUUCCAUCUCUUGGAAUGGAUUGCUUGCAGUGUAUGUUCAGAAUGGGAGACUUGAGGAGGCUCGCCGGUUGUUUGAGUUGAAGUCGGACUGGAAAUUGAUUUCUUGGAAUUGUUUGAUGGGUGGGUAUGUGAAAAGGAAAAUGUUAGGUGAUGCUAGGCAGCUUUUCGACCGUAUGCCUGUUAGGGAUGUAAUCUCUUGGAAUACCAUGAUUUCGGGCUAUGCCCAAGAUGGAGAUUUGUCACAAGCUAGGACAUUGUUUGAGGAGUCUCCAGUGCGUGAUGUUUUCACGUGGACAUCAAUGGUCUAUGGAUAUGCGCAGAAUGGAAUGUUGGAUGAAGCGAGAAGAGUUUUCGAUGAAAUGCCAGCAAAAAGAGAGAUGACAUACAAUGUGAUGAUUGCGGGUUAUGUGCAAUACAAGGAAAUGGAUAUGGCAAGGGAGUUGUUUGAGGCAAUGACUUGCCGGAAUGUAGGUUCGUGGAAUAUCAUGAUCAGCGGCUAUGGUCAGAACGGCAACAUUGCUCAAGCUAGGAAGUUGUUUGACAUGAUGCCUCAACGCGAUUGUGUAUCUUGGGCGACAAUUAUUGCUAGUUAUGCUCAGACUGGUCACUUGGAAGAAGCUAUGGACAUGCUUGUGGAGAUGAAGCGGGAUGGAGAAAGUUUAAAUAGAUCUACAUUUUGUUGUGCUUUGAGCACAUGUGCUGAUAUGACUUCUUUGGUGUUAGGGCAACAAGUUCAUGGACAGGUGGUGAAGACAGGGUAUGACAAUGGCUGCUCGGUGGGAAAUGCACUUCUUGAGAUGUAUUGUAAAUGUGGCAGCAUAGGCGAAGCCUAUAAUGUGUUUGAAAGAAUACAACAGAAAGAUAUCAUCUCUUGGAACACAAUGUUAGCUGGUUAUGCUAGGCAUGGAUUUGGCAGACAGGCUUUAUUGAUGUUUGAUUCAAUGAAGAUAUCUGGUUUUAAACCUGACGAAAUUACCAUGGUUGGCGUUCUUUCGGCUUGCAGUCAUACUGGCUUGACAGACAGGGGAACUGAAUAUUUUUAUUCAAUGAAUAAAGAUUAUGGUAUAACACCAAAUUCAAAACAUUAUAAUUGCAUGAUUGAUCUUCUUGGUAGAGCUGGCCGCUUGGGAGAAGCAUACAACUUAAUGAGAAACAUGCCUUUUGAGCCAGACGCUGCAACAUGGGGAGCUCUACUAGGUGCAAGCCGGAUUCAUGGCAAUACUGAACUGGGUGAGAAGGCUGCUGAGAUGGUUUUCAGUAUGGAACCCCAUAACACGGGAAUGUAUGUCCUUCUUUCAAAUUUAUAUGCAGCUUUAGGUAAAUGGGUUGAUGUUGGUAAGCUUAGAUUAAAAAUGAGGCAACUUGGUAUUCAGAAAAUACCUGGGUAUAGUUGGGUUGAGGUGCAAAACAAGAUUCAUACAUUCACAGUUGGUGAUUGUUUUCACCCAGAAAAGGAUAGAAUAUAUGCUUACAUAGAAGAGUUAGAUCUAAAACUGAAGCGUGAAGGGCAUGUUUCUUUGGUAAAAUUGGUUCUUCAUGAUGUGGAAGAGGAAGAGAAGAAGCAAAUGCUUAAGUAUCACAGUGAGAAAUUAGCUGUGGCAUUUGGAAUUUUGACCAUACCGGCUGGCAGACCAAUACGUGUCAUGAAAAACUUGCGGGUGUGUGAAGACUGUCAUAAUGCCAUCAAACACAUAUCCAAACUUGUUGGAAGGUUGAUAAUCUUAAGGGAUUCUCAUCGCUUUCAUUACUUCAGUGAGGGUAUUUGCUCUUGUGGGGAUUAUUGGUGAGCAGAGAAAUAUGGUAGAAAUUAACCUUGUCAAAUUUGGAGAGGUAGGAUACCACCAUUAGUGGUGGUCAGUGGAUUAUUGGUGAUGGUAAGUCAAUAUUAUUCUGGUCUGAGAGAUGGUUGCCAUCUGUGAAUAUUGCUUUGAAAUCAUCUCCUGCAGCCUAUUCCGGAAGAGUGGCACUUGCUUUUGUGCAUGAUUUUGUGAAUGCUGCGGAUCAGUGGGAUGUUAGCCGUCUCAUGGAUUUUAUCCCGAGUUGGUUACGGAGGAGGUUAGAGCGCUUGCGCCCUCUUUUGGAUAGGUUGGAGGAGGACCGUUUUGUGUGGAACCUUACUCAAGAUGGCACGUUUAGUACGAAAUAUUGCCUACCAACUGGUUCACGGGCAUGUGAAUCAGGUGCAUGGUGAUCAAGUCUGGAAGAAGCUUGGCACUGGACUGGCCAUCCUAGAGAGCGAAUGUUUAUGUGGAAAAAUCUGCAUCAUGGCCUUCCAACAAAUUCAUUAUGUGCUUGUGGCGAGGAAUUGGAAAGUCGCAUGCUUCAAGAUUGCAGUGUGGUGGAGCCGGUUUGGUAUUCCUUUAGAACUUGCCUCUCCCAAAACUUCUUUGAUCAGGGUGUUAAUGAGUGGGUGGAGUGUAAUAUUGCUACUAAGGUUCGAUUGGAUGAUCACAUUCAAUGGACUUGUCUGUUUGGUUUCCUUCCGGCGUUGUUGAUGCACGAAAGGAAUCAAGAAGUGGUGUUUAAUAAGAUUUGAUGUUUCUAAAGUUAUUAUCCAUGUGUAAAAAAGCAUAGAAAAAUAAUCAAGUUGUUAAGAGUAAAUUUGUACAGGAAAAGAUCCAAUCAAAAUAAGUAGUUAACGAAGUUAAGUUGAGAAUUUCCUUGAUGUAUAAUAGCGUAGUUAAUGCUACAUAAUAGUAUUUUAUCCUUGCA